CUCUCAGGCAACCGUUGCUAGUCCAAGGGGAAGGGGGAGUUGUUUUUCUAUAGAGAGAGAAAGUGAUGGGAAAACGGCUUUUUUUGGAUGGUUGGAUGUUAGAGAGAGAAAGCGAGACAGAGGAAGAGAGAGAAAGUGUUUGAGAGAGAGAGAGCAAAAAAAAAAAAAAGAAAAAAAAGAAAGAAAGAAAAGGAAAAUAGAGAGAGAAAGUGAAAAAGAGAGGUAAAGGGGACAAAAUAUCUUUUGGGUUGAAUUGUGAGAUAAUGAAGAACAGGGGCAGCUGGUUUUGAUCCAAAAAGAGAAGGGAGAGCUUCCUCUCCCUCGUUAGAGCGCCCCUACCUGCCCCCUUUCAAUUACAUCAUUUAUGGGUAUUGUUUUGCACCUGAAAUAAUACAUAAAAAUACACAUGAUGAGCGACAUCAAUAAUCAAAAUUGUGGUGCUUCUCCCUCCAAAGAGAUGCCCAACCCAAAUUCCAAGAGGCUCUAUCAAGUUUGGAAGGGCCGCAAUAAAUUUUUGUUUGGCGGGAGAUUGAUCUUUGGUCCUGAUGCUACAUCAUUAAUAUUAACUACACUCCUAAUAGGGGGCCCAGCCUUUACAUUUUGCAUAAAACUGCUUUUGAGAAUCGGAGAAACUGAUCCUUUAAGUGGGUACGGUAUACCGAUUAUCGGAUUUAUCCUCACAUUUUUGGAUUUGACUUUUCUCUUCAUGACAUCUGGAAGAAAUCCUGGAAUAGUACCAAGAAACUCGAAGCCACCUGAAACAGAUGAAGCAUUUGAGUUCACCACAUCAAUGGAAUGGGUCAAUGGUACAACCCUUAAUUUGAAAUUACCCCGGACAAAAGAUGUGUUUGUCAAUGGCCACACGAUUAGAGUGAAAUACUGUGAUACUUGUUUGCUUUAUCGUCCGCCACGUUCUUCUCAUUGCUCAAUUUGCAACAACUGUGUACAGAGGUUUGAUCACCACUGUCCAUGGGUGAAUCAGUGUAUUGGAAUGCGUAAUUAUCGGUGGUUCAUCUUGUUCAUAUCAUCAUCAACCGUAUUGUGCUUAUAUGUCUUCAUGUUUUCAUUGAUGAAUAUCCUUGAACAGCCAGGCAACAUAUGGCAUAUCAUGUCAAAGGAUAUUUUAUCAGUUGUUCUGAUAGUAUAUUGCUUUAUAGUUGUCUGGUUUGUUGGUGGACUCACUGUUUUUCAUGUUUAUCUGAUCUCCACCAACCAGACAACUUAUGAAAACUUCCGAUAUCGCUAUGAUAAGAAGGAAAACCCAUUUAACAAGGGGAUAAUAAGGAACCUUAAAGAAAUUUUUUUCUCUAAGAUCCCACCUUCAGGUAUCAAUUUCCGAGAAUGGGUGUACGAGGAUGAUGAUGCAAUUGCAGGAUCCAUUUCUCACAACUUUGGAAGAGGUGUUAGCUCGAAAGGGAAAGCUGAUAUAGAAAUGGGAGGCAUGCUUAGCAAGGAUGGUGGCAUUCCGCUUCCAAAUAUUUUAAAGAAUUUGGAUUAUGGUGGGAUUGAUGAUACCUUAAAGAAGGGAGGAGGUGAAGAUUUUACAUUUGAUUCAUCUCUCAUUCCCCCAGAACAAGAACUGGGAGAUGAAUUGUGGAGCUCCGCUAAUGAAGAUAACGGUAUUGCAGAUGAGAGGACGGAGAAUGAUAGAACUCCCACUGAACAUUAGUGAUUCAUCAGGGUUUAGUAUAUUUUACAGCUAUGGCAAUUUUUGAAGCCUUGACAAGUGCAGAUGUUAAUAUGGAGAUGACCAAGGCAGAAAUGAAGCUUCAUUGUUGUAGUGAGAAGGAAGAACAAAAGAAAAGGAAAGAGAGAAAAGAAAAGAGAAGGAAGAGCAUAUAAAAGUUUUUCUUGGUGCUUUUUGAUGCACAAUAAUGGACCUGCAACAAAAUGAAGUUUCCAUCUUGUAAAAUACUCAAAGCUUGUGCUGUUUAAUUGUUUAUCAUUGUCUCCUUUUUCUUUUUCUUCUUUUCUCUUUCCAAAUUUUAAAUUUAGCUUCUUGUGAUUGUGGGUGUGGAGCUGGAGGAUUUGGAUUUGUAGAUUGUGUAAAGUUCUUACCUGUUGAAUAGACUUGGAAGCCCUUUUUUUCUUUUUCUUUUUUAAAUUGCAUAUAUGAUGUAUGCAAUUCUGAAAACAGAAUUAGUGAUUGUUUAUUUGCCACUCUAUAUUUAGGAACCCAUUGCAUAAUUCCUUAUGAAA